ACCGGACUGAUACUGACUGUACACACAGAGUAGGAGCGGGGCCACUUUUUCUCCCCCACUCUGGUCAUUUCUGUGCUUUUGAUCUAUGCUUAAUUCAAAGGAAAGUGGACAUUUACUUUUCCUCAGAGCACACUGCCCAUUGUCAUUGGACACAAACCAGGUUUAAAAUGAACGAAGCUCUUGAGAACAACUUGACUCAACUGUAUGACAACUGGACGUUUUACAACUCCUCCGUGGAGUACGUCGUACCCAAGAACAACAUCACCUAUGUUGGAUUUUACCUGCAUCAGCCGUCCACCGCGGCCAUCUUCAUCGUGUCCUACCUGCUGAUCUUUCUGGUGUGCAUGGUGGGAAAUGGAGUGGUGUGCUUCAUCGUGCUGAGGAGCAAAAACAUGUGGACCGUUACCAAUUUGUUCAUCCUAAACCUGGCUGUCAGUGACCUCCUGGUCGGGAUUUUCUGUAUGCCCACAACACUUCUGGACAACAUAAUUACAGGAUGGCCUUUCGGAAGCCUGGUCUGCAAGAUGAGUGGCAUGGUUCAAGGCAUUUCUGUUUCAGCGUCUGUCUUCACUCUGGUUGCCAUCGCUGUCGACAGGUUCAGAUGCAUUGUCUACCCAUUCAAGCAAAAGCUGACCAUAUCCACAGCCACUUUGAUCAUAGUCAUUAUCUGGGUUCUGGCAGUUGCCAUCAUGUGUCCUUCUGGGGUGAUGCUGCAAGUGACAAAGGAGGAAACCAUCCGUGUGCUGCUGGGCUAUGACAACAAAACAAGUCCUUUUUACUGGUGCAGAGAGAACUGGCCGAACCAAGAAAUGAGAAAGAUUUAUACCACCGUACUGUUUGCAAACAUCUACCUUGCUCCUCUUUCCCUCAUUGUGAUCAUGUACGCCCGGAUCGGAAUCACUCUUUUCAAAACAGCCGUUCCGACAGGCGGAAAGCCGGGCCAUGAAAACCGCCACAGUGUGUCGAAGAAAAAGCAAAGGGUGAUAAAGAUGCUCCUAAUAGUUGCUUUGCUCUUCAUCCUUUCCUGGUUACCUCUGUGGACUCUCAUGAUGUUGAGUGACUAUGCCAGCCUGACUGAGCAACAGUACAGAAUUAUCAAUAUUUACAUAUACCCCUUUGCCCAUUGGCUAGCCUUUUUCAACAGUAGUGUCAACCCCAUCAUUUAUGGUUUCUUCAAUGAGAAUUUUCGAAGAGGUUUCCAAGCUGUGUUUAAGUUCAGCCUGUGCACGGCGGACAGACAGCGGAGGAAAACCUACACGCGCAGGUUGCAGGGAAACUCUGUACUCCCAGCUAAUAAUGUGAGGACCACCUUGGAGCCCAUUUCUCUGAACAGCCUGGAUAGAAGCACUUCCAGGCAGCCUAACCACGCCGCUGAACAGGACUUGGUCAUGGAGGACCUGGAGAAGGGAUCGUGCAGCAGUGGGGGUGUGACUGCGGUGUCUAUUUGAAGAUAUUCUUCAAAGUGAUGAGCAAAGAUGUUGACUAUCACAUCCACUGUGCCUAAAUAAAGUAAAAGGCUCCCUUAAGCUUAUUAAACAAGGUAACGUUGUUCCAAAUGAUCAAAGAUCAUUUCAGGCUUCUCAAAAUAGGCAAACAAAACAACAGAUAAAUAAAUGUGGGAAAAAUAAAGACUCAUAAAGCAGUCAUUUAAUAUUUUGAGUAUGCUAUGUCGAUGUAAGCUACUGAAAUAAUUAUGUCUUGUAAGAGAUUCAUCUGACAAUGGGAUACUCUGUUGUUAAUCUAUACCUACCAUCUUUGAGGAAUUUAAUGUAUAUUAGACUUUAAAAAUCUAAGCACCCUGUACUCUUGGGAUUGCAGUUUUCAACAAAGAAAAACCCACACUGUAAAAUGCUCAACACCCCACAUUAAUUACAGGCUACUUUCUUGCUCCAUGAUAUUUCCUCUAUCUGUAUAAAUGUAUAAAGACACAACAAACAUAUUUGCACCAUCCCUGCAGAGUAGAUUUCAAGGGUCUGGUUGGCGCUUUUUAAAUGAAUUUAUUUUUUUGUUUUUUAUUAUUAUUUGCUAAUAAUAAUAAUUCACACCUAACAGUCCGCUAGACUCAUGCAGUUGGAGACUCGAGUCAUUUUGGGGUUGCAACAUUCAGUGGGUCUGAGUUUGUAGGAGGUGGCUUAAGCUCGGGAACCCUGUCCUGGAUAAGUGGCAGAAAAUGAAUGAAGGCAGAGUGGGAUUCAGGGGUUUAAAUUCCCUUUUAAAUUUGAUAAAAACUACUAGCAGCGAUGGGUUGGGGACCUCUCGCCUAGCAACCCUGCAUGGAAACAAGUGGGUAUAAACAAUGGAUGGAUGGAGAUAUGAUACCUGUCAACAAAAGCCAUCCUAAAAGUGUUUGGUUCCAGAGAGGUUGGUGCUGUUUCUGGAUCUUGCAAGGUGUGAAUGGUGGAGUUGCAUUCACAAAUGAAGUUGCGUUAAUUUCUGCAGAGCUGUUUGGUGGCCCUGAUAGAAAACACAUUAGUUUGUAGCCAUGCAUUACUAAACCCUAGCCAGGGAUUACUAAUAUAUGGGAAUGGGAUAGUUCCUGUGUUUGUUGGUUAAUGUGUUUAUUAUGUGUGGGAAUCAAGUAUAUUAAUCCACAAGAUCAAAGAGAACAAAGUCCUGGAAAUUUCCCUUCAUUUACCUUUACUGUUAAAGUUUUAUGAGCUAUCAUAUCAUAUAUUUUGUCUAUCCAGGUCCUGAAAUCUGCUCUGUGAACACAUAAAAGUCUAAAUCCUCUCAAUAAAACAUACUGGUGAAUAUCUCAUGAGCCUGCUCUGAAUGUGCCAUGUAAAUCUGAAACCAAAUGUUUUUGCUGUGAUUAUAUUUUUAUAUCUCUAUUAUCUGUCUCAUGCAGUAAAUCUGUACAGUAAAUGAUAAAAAAAAAAGACUAUUGGUUUAAAAAAUG